AUGCCCACUACAGAAAGAGUACAGGCCACUACCAAUCAAGUUCCUACAGAAGAUCCAAACAUGGCACUCAGCAAGAUAGGAGUAAGUCAAGGAAAACAGACAACCAUUGUUAGAGGCAAUACAGUUGUUGCAACUACCUCUAGCAAUAGAAACAAGAGUAAAGGAGAGGAAAGUUGGGAUACAGAAGGUGGCCAGGGGCUGGAAUGUUUGAUAAAUGAUGUAACUCUCAGGCAUCAGCUAUGGAAUCAACUUGCACAAGUAGGAACUAAUGUACAGGAUGCUUGGUUAUUAAGUGGGGACUUCAACAAUGUGCUAACUUCAGAAGACAGAAUAGGAGCACCAGAAGAUAAAAGGGUGUAUAGCAAUAUAGAUUGGGCAAUGGGCAACUAUGUGUGGCUGCAACAAUAUAGCCACAUAGAAGCUGAAUUCAUGGAUCCAGGAGUGUCAGAUCACUCCCCAAUCCUCAUACACACCAGUCAACAUAAGAAAGGACUGCACCCUAAACCUUUGAAGCUUUACAAAAAUGUCAUGGAACAUCCAGAGUUCACGAACAUAGUGCAAGAAGAAAAAGAAAUCUUGACAGAAUUGGAAAAAUGGAGUCAUAUAGAAGAACAAGUAUUACAGCAGAAGUUAAGGGCCACUUGGAUUGAAUGUGGAGACUCAAAUACCAAAUACUUCCAUGCUCAAUGGAAAAUUAGGACAAGCAAAAACCACAUUGCAUCCAUCUAUAAUGCAAAUGGUAUUAAGCUAACUGAUCCAAUCCAAAUAGAAGAGGAGUUUAUAUCUUUCUUCACAAAUCUUAUGGGAGAAAGUGGAGAAACUCAUAGAUGUUCAGAUGCUGCAGUGGUUAAACAAGGGAGAUGCCUGGACCAACAACAGAAGGAGGUACUAGUUAAAAAUAUAACAAAUGAGGAAAUCCUAGCUGCUAUGAAAGAUAUGCCUCAUGACAAAGCCCCGUGGGUAGAUGGUUUUUCAAUUAAGUUCUUCACAACACAAUGGACUAUAGUUGGCCUGAAGUAUGUGCUGCAGUCAAGGAAUUCUUUGAAACGGGCAAAAUGCAUAGAGGCAUGA